AUGACAGCCCCUCAAAAUCCCAUUACAAGAGCCAUUUGGGAUGGAACAUUACCCAUCAAGUUUUCUCUUGAUAGCACAGAAGCAGCUGCAUUGGGUGCCAAAGCUAUAGUAGAACCUUACUUUAUAGAGGCACCACGAUGCUCAUACUUUCCUUUGUGGACGAGUCAAAUAAGAAAGUAUUUUGUGGAUAUGGCACUUAAUUUCAUUGGAGACGAUGCGGAAAUAUGGUAUGACGUUGACGGAACUCCACUGAAAUGGCAUUAUCCUAUAGGAUUAUUGUAUGAUUUACAUACUGGAUAUCGGCCAGAUUCUAAUAGUCCGCCACCUUUACCUUGGCCCGUAACAGUUCAUUUCAAAAAUUUUCCUACAGAUAAAUUGAUAAAAGCACAAGCUAUUGAUGCAACGCAAGACUUUUUCAUGUCAAUGAUCAAGGAA